AGGCAUUUUGGACACAAUGACAAAUUUAAAGUUUGCUUUGUAUGUGAUUUAUCUGUUUUUAGGGAGUUCAGCUCAGAUGAAUAAUCUGAAAUCGUCCAAAUAUGUGCGUCAAGACAGUGGUUUUUAUCCAGCUGACAUUGGUGAGAAGGUGACCUUGCGAUGUUUCUAUGAGGGUAAUGCAGUGAUGUUUUACUGGUAUAAGCAAACUCUGGGACAGAAACCAAGGGUUAUCUCUACCUUCUACAAGCAUGAAACAAAUGGCUACUUUCUUGGUGAAUUUGAGGACGAUCCUCGAUUCGCACUAGAAGUUGGAAACGGUAAAAAUCACUUGACAAUCUCAGAUUUGAACUUUUCAGAUUCAGCCACUUACUACUGCAUAGGUUGCUACGCAUAUGAUUUUGAGUUUGUAGAUGGAGCUACUGUCAGUGUACAGGGUUCAGGCUUUAACAUCCAAGCUUUGGUUCAUCAGUCACCAUCCGACACCAUCCAGUCAACUGAACAGCUCAGCUGUACAGUACACACUGGGACCUGUGACGGAGAACACAGUGUUUACUGGUUCAGAAACUCUGAAGAAUCUCAUCCAGGACUCAUUUACACUCACGGAGACAGGAAUGAUCAGUGUGAGAGGAAACCUGAGACACAAACACAAACCUGUGUCUACAACUUGCCCAUGAAGAGCCUGAAUCUUCCUCAUGCUGGGACUUAUUGUGCUGUUGCCUCGUGUGGACAUGUUCUGUUUGGAAACAAGAAAAAGUUGGACUCAGCAGAUAAGGAUGACUCAUUUGUCUUGGUGUAUUUGUUGAGUGGAGCUUUGGCAUUCACCACCAUCCUGGCUGUUUUGCUAUCAUAUGCAGCAUAUAGAAUGAAAAAAAGCUGUCAUCGUACAGACUCUCAAGCAAGAUCUUCCCCUGACUCAACUCCAAAUGCAGAAGGUUACCGGGAUUCAGACAACCUCCAUUACGCGGCAUUGAGCAAGCAUAAGAUCAACAGAACAAAAAGACACAGGGACAACACACAAACUGAAUGCGUGUACUCCACUGUAAGGCAGUAGAGCUGGAUAUAUUUCAUUUCUGUGUAAGACUAAAUCUGUCUAGCUCAGUAAUGCAUUUUUUAAAUAGGAGCAUUGUUGUCAGAUUUACUUGUAUAUACUGAAUGCAAUGCAAUAACCUAAUAAAACAAAUGCUUCAGGCAGCCAGGUUUCAGCCUGUCAAGAUUACUAUUUUAAUCCAUGCUAGCUAGCUGCUCUAAUGUUCGUCUGUCUGUGUCAUCAGGUCAAAAUUAUACACUGCCCAAAAAUUUUGCAAAAUCUGCUAAACAUCAGAAUGUUAGCAUUGUUGUUGUCUUAGCAUGUCACCAUUCUGACAUACUGUAAGUAUUUAGCCCAAAGAACAACU